AAUUACAUUAUGUUUUUGAGCACACAAAGAAGUGGUUACGAAUGAAAAAUAAUCGAUGGUAGUGAUUGAUUUAUCCAUUGACUGUAAAUAUACCGGCGCCCAUAUACCGGUGUUACACUAUUGCACCGUGUGUACAUUACCUCUAAAAUCAUGGAUUAACAAAAUAAUAGACGCAUGAUUAUCUUUUCAUUUUAUCAGAAAGACACUUUAAAAUCAGACAGGCACUUUUGAACACCGAAAUGGAAAAUCGUCGUGAAUAAGAAAGAUACUUAAAGAUCAAAUAUAGCUGUGGGAAUUUAUAACAUUACAGGAUAUUUAAAUCGGUUAUUAUUUGAAAUAUAUCACAGGCAACAUGGUUUAUCGAACGAAAUAAAACUCUGAAAAUGGUACAAGAAAGACAGAGGAUGGAAGCGUUGAUUGGUCACGUUAUCAACGAUGCUCCACACGAGAGUUUGCGAGAACUAAACAGGAACAUUGACAUUGUUGAUGACGAUAUAACAAUAGAUUGUACAACGCUUACCAAUCACUGUGUCUGCGCAGAAAAUUUCGAAUACUUCCGGAAACCAGAACACAUGCUUCAAUGUCUGCGGAAACAGAAAUGUUUUCAUUGUCAAAGAUAUCGCUGCAUGGACAAGAAACAUGAAGUUAUCACAGCGUCUACAAAGUUGAUACUUAUAUCGGCUGCAAUGGGGAGCUUUGAGCUUUUUUGCUUUUUACAUAGGCAUGGCUGUUGCCUAGAAACAAAGUCGGGAAUAUUUGAACUUCGACCUUUGCAUCUUGCCAUUGCAAAUGGACAUUUUAAAAUAUUUCGGUAUCUCAUAGCCCAGCAAGUUGAUAUAAACGCAACUAUUCGUUCACAAGGAACUUCAUACUCACCUUUAAUGCUAGCGGUAAUGUAUGGCCGCGAGGACAUGGUGCGAGAUCUGCUCACGUGCAGCGGAAUUAAUCUAAGGUAUAGGAAUUCCUUGCUGCAGUCUCCUGUCUUGUUUGCGGUACAGAACAAUAAUUUAGAUCUUGUUAAUAUAUUGCUGAGCGCGGAGGAGCUUCUACAGGACAAUCGCCUCAGUAGUAAUGUUUCACAGCAGAAAAAGAUACGUAAUAUGCACCACCCUUGUGCCAUGUUGGAGGCUCUCAAAAAGGAUAAUAUAACUGUCUUGAAGACUCUUCUUGAAAAUGGAUGCCAAGUAGACUUCGUGUUCAAUGGCUAUCAUACGCAGACGACAGCUUUAGUUUUGGCGGCAAUUUGCAACUCUCACAAAUGCAUGGAUCUUCUUAUAGACCAUGGUGCUGAUACUGAUGUAUCAGUGAAUGGUUUUACAGCAUUAGAUUGGUCAGAACAUUUGGGCUGGACUGAAUGUAUAAAAGCUUUGCAAGGUGCUAAAUUUAGAAAUCUAUUAAAAGGUUUAGAUAGUGACAACGAUUUAAGCAGUUCAGACGCGUCACAUGACCUUGGUCGUCAUGACGAUGACACAGAUAUUAGUGACAAUGUUGAACUUGAUGCAGAUAGCGAUGGAGAUAAUAUUGAAGUUGAUGGAAAUGAGUGCGGAGUUUCUGAAAAAAGAUAUCCUCUUUUUGAAAUAUGGAGCUUUAUUCAAUGGAUAGAUGUUAGUGAGGCCAUAAAAAGACUUAUUGCAAAAGGUAAUGACGUCAAUACACGGGAUAGGUACGGCCGUACAUGUUUGCAUGUGGCUGUUGAGGAACAAAAUGUGAGUGGGGUGAGGAAUUUACUACAACUUGGUGCUGACACGGAAUUACGUGACAUCUGUGACGCUACGCCAUUAUGGCACGCGGUAUAUUGGAAUAAGGAAAGCAUGAUAAAAGAACUUGUGUUCGCAAACGUGACACUUGAAUGUAAUGCGCGUGAAGAUGCUUAUCGUAUUGGACUGCCAUGGGUUGACAUUCCAGACCAAGAUGAUACAAACUUGGCGUAUAGAUCAACGCUUUAUGUUGCUGUUAAGAAAAACUUCUCACAAACUGUUCGACUGUUUCUUGAAGCAGGCUAUCAAACAGACGAAGAAAACAUUGAAGAAUUACUAUUAAUAGCUAAACCGGAAGUUAAAGAAAUGUUACUUGAGUAUACUAGUCAACCAUGUUCUUUGUUCAAUACAACAAGAAACUAUUUACGGCGCAAGUACAAGAAAAAAAUUCACGCGCUUCUAAGUGAUAUGGAUCUACCACUCCGUGUUAAAGAUUAUCUUCUACUAAGAGACAUUGUCGAUCUCAAAAUUGAGCCAGAUCUAUCUACUGUUGACUCAGGCUGAACUGAAACUUAUACAAUAUUUUCAUAUUUUCAGAAUACCAUUUUUUUUAUCUAGAAUGAAACAGAAUAUUUUUAUCUAAUCAGAUAUGUGCUAAAUAUAACAGCAUCCGGGUAUAGACAUCAUGAAAUCAAAAUCAAAUGAAAUAUAUACUUUCCGAAUUAAACAAGCCCCUUUCUUCUCUAUCUUUUCCGGAAAGCUUAUAUUCUUGUGUUAAGCAAUUUAAAAUUAAGAUUUGUAAAUAAUUUAAUGAUUCUAAUAACAAUGAGACCUGCCUUAAUAAUCAUUUUUUACGUUGUCAUUUUAAUGACAUACAUAAAUGCAUUGUUUUUAUCUCUGUCAUGAUAAAUGGUAAAAUAGCAAACUAUGUUCUUGGAAAGGAAAUAGUAUUGGAAGGUGUACAUUUGUAUUCCGUGCUCUUGAAAAUAGUUUUAUUUAAUCACAUUUAUAAACGUCAGUCGGAGAAGCCAAAGAGAGACUUAGAUCUAUUGCAAAAGGUAAAUACACGCGACGAAAGAAGCAUGUUAUUGAUUUACCACGCCUCUUAGCUCAUUCAAUCGGCGGGUAUUUGCCAAGUCCAAGACAAAGAAAGUUAACUUCUUUGAUCUGUUGAAAUACAUAGUACUAAUGCCAAAAUGAAUCACAUAGACUUUUUUUAUUUAUUGUUUUGUUUGACAUAUUAAAUGAAUAAGAAAGAUAACAUUUAAA